AUGCUUAAAUCCGAUCACAAGAUGGAAAAGCACUUCACCUCUUCAUCAAACCUUAGAAACCACCAAAUAGUCCAUAAAGGAGAGAAUUCUUAUAGCUGCGAUCAAUGUGGGAAGAGAUUUACUCGAUCAUACUCCUUGACUGUACACAAGAGAAUACACACUGGAGAGAAACCAUACCCCUGCACUGAAUGUGGGAAAAGCUUUAAGACCUCACCUGAACUGAUGACACACCAGAGAACACACACAGGAGAGAGGCCUUAUGGCUGUGACCAGUGUGGGAAAAGCUUUACCACCUCAAGUGAACUGAUAUUACACCAGAGAACACACACAGGAGAGAGGCCUUAUGGCUGUGAUCAGUGUGGGAAGAGAUUCACUCAGUCAUCAAACCUGACUAUACACAAGAGAAUACACACUGGAGAGAAACCUUACCACUGCUCUGACUGUGGGAAAAGCUUUACCACCUCAAGUGAACUGAUAUCACACCAGAGAACACACACAGGAGAGAGGCCUUACCACUGCUCUGACUGUGGGAAGUGUUUUGCUCAAUCGGGAACAUUGAAAGUGCACCAGAGAAUGCACACAGGAGAGAGACCUUAUAGCUGUGAUCAGUGUGGGAAGAGAUUCGCUCAAAUUGGAACCCUGACUUCACAUCAGAGAACACACUGAUGGGGUUGGGAGAGGUCAAAGGGCACCUUUAGAAGUUUGGGGCCCCAAGGCCUUGAGCGGGGUGUUGAGGAUUGACAGUAGUAAGCAUAGUAUUAUUUGUGAUAUAUCUGGGUGCAGUUCACACACAAAUUGCAAAGCCUGCUUCUUAGUGUUUUCUAGGCCCAUAGAGUUUGAUAAGAGUGGCCUCACUCCCUACUGGGGAGUCACUGAGAGGUCCACCUCCACCUCUUAUACUGUAAUGUACUUCUAAUAUACUGUUGCAUUUUAUACUGUAAUGUACUUUUCCUAUGCUGUUGUUUCAUUUUAUACUGUAAUGUACUUCUUAUAUUCUGUUUCAUUUUAUAAUGUAAUGUACUUCUCAUAUACUGUUGUUUCAUUUUGUACUGUAUAAAAUCAUGUAUCAUAUCACUUGAUAUGUUUGUCAAGCUUUGUGUAAGAGCUAUUUAAGAU